ACAUUUAAACCAUAUUUAUACUUCGAAUUUCGACUCCAAACUGUAGUAACUACAUCUACAGGGUCUAAGGAAGAUAAUCAGGUAGUCUGUUUAUAGAUUAAAUACAUUGUGAGAGAUCGCCAGCCCUCAGAAAAGUAGUAACUAAAAUGACCCCAUUCACCUCCUUGUUUUUAGUUAGCAAAAUCGCGGCUGGUCUGUUUACACAUUUAAACCAUAUUUACACUUCAAAUUUUGACUCCACAUCGUUGUACCAGCAUCCCAAGGGUCUUAAGAAGUGAGCCAAGUUGUCUCAUCACGUUUUUAAAGCGUUUCCAGAGAUCGUCAGCUCAUCACAGCAGUGGCUAAAUGCUCAUUCAUUUCCAACGCUUAGCAUGCUAAUAGCGAUUUAUAUGCUAACGCAUCUAAAGCACAGUUAAACUUUAAAUAUCAACUCCACACAAUAGCAGUACAACAUCCUAGGUCUCAACAAGUAAACACAGUAUGGGAAUACUAUUUUAAACACAUUUCACCGAUCGGUAAUGACAUCGGCGGCAGUGCUAACUUACGCUAACGUUACAUUGGCUCGCUGUUUCACUGCUAACUGAUUACUGUAUAAUAUAUAAGCUGCCUUUUCGCUGUAGCACAUAAUCUGUUUAAAGAUUAAAUACAUUUUGAGAGAUCGCCAUUAUGUAAUGUAAUGUAACGUAGCUGUAGCUAGGAUGCUACAGUAUAAUUACAACAUGUGACGAUCUCUGAAAACAAAAUUAAAGUAUGAAAAGACUAUACAGUUAAUGUCCUUAGAGCCUUAAGGUUAUAAUAUCACCAGGUGAAAUCAAAAGAUAAAGUUUAAGUGUAUGUUUUAUACAUUAACAAUAAGCCUGUUUGUUUAAUGGCUGCCAAUGCAUAGGGGGCUAACCCUGGGCUCAUUAUUUACCUGUUGUGUCACGUGAUGUUAGUUUGUUAACGGUAAUGUUUCAAUAGUGAAUGUGAAGUACCAGUAUAUCAUUAAUCUUAUGUGUGAUAUUCCUGGUAAUAUAGCAGUUAAUAUGUAGUUUAACCUGUAAUGCUCCUUUAAUGCUGUGCUGUGUCAUUUCUUGUCAUUGUAGAAAUGGUUUUUGCAAAACUGCAAUUCACAGCCUCGCAGCAGCUUCUCCUGCGGGCCUCUGGUGAGGCGGUGGCCUACAUCGCCGCCAAGGGGCCACGCGGGGCCGCCGCUGCUGCGAGGGCCAAGAAGCCGGAGGAGGUGGAGAAGGAGGCACAAGCCCACGUCGUCUCCACGGGCGGUGACCCUGGGAACCACAUGCUGGUGCUGAGCUGCCACAGCAUCCAGUUUGGGAAGUACCAGGGUCAAACGUUCCGUUGGCUCCUGGAGAACGACGUGGGCUACACGGUACAGUUGGUCGCCAGCCACCAGCGGGAGCGGGAGAAGAGUGCCUCCGACAGCCCCCUUAUGGCCAACAAGGACGCUCUCGCCCAGUACUCGUGCGCCCACCCGGAGUUCGCUGAACACAUAAGAUUCCACCGGGCGCACGAGGAGGCCCGGGCUCGUGCCAGUCAGCCCGGGUGUGAGGGCGAGGCCCUUGUUGGCUUUGGGAAGUUUAAAGAGGACACCCUGAAGGACCUGUACGAGUCCUCUGAUAAGGACCGCCAAGGAUUUGUCAAGUGGCUUCGAGGGAAGACACCGCACCCUGGGACUGCAAUGGACGCCGCCAGGAAGUACAUCCUGGGCCGAGACGCGAAGCGGUCGGCAGAGGCGGCAGCUGCGGCUGCUACCCCCCCUCCACCCACCAGCAGCCGCAGCAUCAGCAGCAGCGCCCCCACCACCACCAGCAGUGGCCCCAGCAAGGCCGCUGCUUCCACCGCGCUGUAGCCACACAAGCCGAUCGCCUCCAAGAUCGCCGCCGGCGUCCCAUGGGCCCAGGUGAGCUGCAGGCCAAGGUCAGGAAGCUGAUGACCACACCUGCACAGCCUGCAGUUCGAGCGGUGUCUACAUCCUUCAGAGACCAGCGCCCCUCGGUUCCGCCGCCGCCCCACGCCACAGAGGUGACGGACGAGGAACUGGUCCAGAUGGCCACUGACAUAGAAACAGGUAACUGGCACCAAACUGGACGUGUCACAUUUGCCAUCAAUAUAUAUUCUUCUGUCAGUGUGUUUGUAUUAACUGUAAUUGUUUCAUUUACUGGUCGCUACAGCUGAUGCUUGAAGGACAAAGGUAGGUUUGGCAGGUAAUAUAGCCAUCUUCGUAGGUGGUAGUGCCAUCCUCACUCAUGUGGCGGUAAUGUAGAUUUGAUUAAACGCCUUCACAUGUCUACUUCCCUUGGCUCUGCUGCAUCUUGUAGCACUAAACCUUCUGCCCUAAUCACUGGCAUACUGCAUGUCAUCAACACUCAGACUCACUUAGUCUUGUCCCAUGACUAUCAUUGUGCUGAAUCUAUUUUGUUGUGUGUGACUGUGUCUGAAGCUGACGUACAGGUCCUUCAGACUCUCCCGCUCCCGCUGGUGGUGACGCCUCCAUCUCCACCUCCUCCGGCACCGUCGGAGGAGGUGGAGAUGGAAGAGGAAGGAGAGGAAUGUGGAGCAGCCCGCAGCUCCCACUCCUGCUUCGGCUGAGGCCCGGUUGCCUGAGAGCUGGCGGACAGCUCUCACCGUGGAAGAGCAGGAGUGGAUCGGCCGGGAGCUGUUCCAGCCAGACAGCAAGGGGAGGACUAAACUCACCACGGACCUCAAGCUGAGUUAUACUCAGCCACCCGCCUCACCAGCUGCCUUCUUCGCAUGUCGGCUGUUCCUCUGGACGCCCCUGCGUCUGUGGGGCGUCCGGCCGACAUGCUGCAACAAGGCCCUCACCAAGUGUGGGCUCUACAGGACCAUCCGGAGGGUCCUGGACAUCGACG